UUUAGCACUAUCUUGUGAUAAGGAAUAAUUUGCGAUUUUAUUUAAACUUGUUAUAAUAUAAAAAGGAGAAAAUUUAAUAUAAAAUAAAAUAAUUUAAGUAAUGUUUUAAGGAAGGUAAUUAAUUCAAAUGUUUAAACCGAAUUUGCUAUCACGAACGUUUAAAGUUUGUGAAGUUUUCCGAAGAAAUUUUACGGAUUUACCACCAAAAAAUUUUAAAAUAGAACGUGCCUUAUUGGUGACAAAGUUAUCUAGAUAUGAGUUUGAGCGUUUGCGCAACCCAAAACUCUCUGAAACUGAAUUAGAAAAAACUUUAAGAAGCCGAGGAACUGACUAUGACACUUUAAUAUUUCUACAUAAUCUACAUAAGAAUUUUGAGCAUAGAGUUGCAAAAAACUUUAAAAAUGCGGGCGUUGAAGUGAAGCUAAUAAAUAGAGUCGAAUUUAGGACUAGUUUAGAAAAAGAAACACUGAAAUGGGCUGACGUUCUUAUCCCAAUUGGUGGCGAUGGAACAUUUUUACUAUCGGCAAACCGUGCAAGUCCUUUAUUUGCAAAAGGAAAACAUAAAACACCAAUUGUUGGUUUCAACUCUGAUCCAGAAAGAUCGGAAGGAAGACUCAUGCUUCGUAAACAAUAUUCUGAAAAUGUGGAGGAAGCUGUUAAGAGAAUAAUAAAGGGUGAUUUUAAAUGGAUGCAACGUUCAAGGAUUCGCGCAACUCUUUUGGGAAAUAAUGGAGAAAUUCCUGAAUCAGUAGAUUUGCACGGUCAUGCUGUUUCUCGUAUGGAACAAGAAGAAACCCGUCCAGAGUACUUAAGCCCUGAAUUCGCUCUCAAAUAUCGAGCAAAAAUGAAAAGAAUUCUACCUUAUUUAGCUUUGAAUGAAGUUUUCAUUGGUGAGACAAUGUCUGCUCGUGUGUCUCAUUUACAAGUUGUUUUAAAUCACUCCGAUGUAGUAAAUAAAACAAAAUGUUCUGGACUAUGUGUCAGCACCGGAACAGGCUCCACAUCAUGGCAUACAAGGUUAGAAACCAACAAUAUCUACUCCGCGUAUAACAACAUUAAUCGUAUUACAAAUCAGCAUAUUGAAGAUUUAAAGCAAGUUUUACCACAACUCAAAGAAAUGAAUGUUAAUGUUGGAGAAGUAGUAGAAAAAUACAAUCAAAAUUUAAUAUUUCCAGCUGAUGAUCCAAGACUUUGUUAUUCAGUUAGAGAACAAAUUUGUGUUGGAGUAUGGCCUAGUCCAAAAGAAUUUCCAUCAAAAAAUUUUGUUGAUAAUAUUGUUGUUAAAUCGCGAUGCAUUGAUGCAUGCCUAGUGAUUGAUGGAAGCAUUGCAUACCCUUUUAAUGAUGGAGCAAAAGUUUUACUGGAAAAUCAUCCUGAAGAUGCCUUGCUUACAAUUUCAUUAGACUAAAUUUACAAUAUUAAAAAAUAUCUUAUAUAAAUGGUGUUUAUAUCAUAACUAAUUAUUAUUGUGCAUUUACUUCCUUAUUAUAUUAGAAGUUAUAAUUUAAGAUUUUAUUUUUAAUUUAUUUUGAAAAGCAGAGCUUAAGUGAUAAAAUUUUAACGAAUAAGAAAAUAAAGUAACAAUUUUAUUUUGUA